AUGUUCGGCAUUGAGCAGCGCAAAGUCUGGCUUUUCCGCGCUUUUCCGACACUGCUGAUGGAUCUUGGCAGUUGUGCUCUGCUUCACCUCUGGCGAUGGUGGAGCGUAGAGAUCCACGUCAACCGGAUCUUGAGACUUGGAUUGGCUUUCGGUGACACUCGAAAUAUGCUACACGUCUUCACUGGCCUUCCGCUCCUCGCUGGCAAGGUGUCUGCCCAUGCUGAGAGGACUGCCAUCUUUCACGAGUGUCCGAAGCUCAGCGCUACAAUACUUCACAUGAAUCUUAUAUGUGACCCUCUCCGUCAUAUGCCCAGUCUCUUCCAUGUCCCAAACACCAGUCGCUGGUAUGGUGUAAGUGCAACCGAACCCAGUGCUGCGAAACUCAACAGGGCUCCAAAUCAUGUCUUACUCCGUGUAGCACAAUGGCUGCAUAGUAACCCAGCGCGAGAAGGCUCAACACAGCUCCUGAAUCCAGCACAGCUUAUCGGGGCUGACAGGGCAGCGAUGAGCAUCGUGCUAGGACGAGACCGGAGUCACAGAGAGUCAGCUUCGGGAGUUCUCAAUCUACUACUCACGAAGGUAGCGAGAAGGGCAGCUAGCAGCAUCUUGCCACAGGGAGGCCAGAGUCACAGUGGUGUGAGUUUCAAGCAUCUCCUUCCAACAAUCACGAUUUCACGCAGCAACUCUUAUACCUUCUCCCCACAUUUAUUCGACACGGGUAUGCUGAGUCUCGUUGAGCUAUCUGGUAACUUGCGAGCCAAUCCACUUAACCUUGACCAAAACAAGAGCAAAGAAGCUUCAUCCAUAUGCGGUGCCUUGGGGCGCGGACUGGUUCCUGCGAGCGAGACGCUCUCGGUCUCCGCGCGUGAGUUCGCGCAGCUCUGUGGCUCUGUCUGGGCGCUGCAUUGUCGUUCAGAGGGUGUGUCAGUGUCGCCUGGCAAGCUUAUUUGGGAGAAGGGGAAGGGGUGGGUCUUUCACAAAAGUCCACAUGCUCAGUACAUAGUUGUAAUGGCCUCAUACCUUCUUCUGCUGAUUCUAAUAUGCCAUACAGCGGGCUUUUGUGAUAGUGGUGCUGUCGAGACCGUUACUGACGUAGUGGUUGCUGAGCGGGCGAACGCGGCGGUCGACGGUCUCGAAGUUGGCGUCGAGCUGCUCUCGAUGCCAAAGGACGGAUGGGUGGCGUGUGGAAUGGCGUUGAGUGCGGUGGUGGUAUUCGGACAGGCUGGCUGUCGCGCUAUCAAUCAGUAUCCUUACAACUUUCCAGCCUACAACCAGUAUUACUUGAUAGCGAUUGCUGAGAUUCUUCCACUACUUCUGGGUGGUGUUGGGUGGGCGUCAGUAUCACCACAACUUUCCAGCCUGCAACCAUUGACACCUACAAUGGAUGACCGAGAUGCUUCUAGACUCGCGGCUAGAUGCCUUCUUGUGCUUCUGGCGCUGGCCUUGUAUAGGCAGAUCUCUGGCCCCUGGGCACCUCCAGCCGACGAAGAAAAGCCCGUUCUGAGUUGGCAUACUUGUGAGUCCGACCACAUCCACCCCUACCCUUUGGCAACACACCACUGA